GAACACUGUCUACGGAUCACACGUCUUUACAAAUACAAUUGUUAUACACGUAUUUACAAAUUAAAAAGUUAAUUAAAUGACGCAGGAAAUGCUUUUUUGCGAAUUGAGGAAGUACCUAGUAUACCUACCCGCUUGAGCGCGCGCCAUUCUUCGCCAGACGGUAGAAGUAGAUGGAAUGGUUGCUAAUAGUAGAAUCAAGAGAACGUGAUAUGUUAUCAAUGAUAAGACAAUGCCAGUAGCUGAGUGUUCUUAGUGAAUAAAAAGUGAAAUAAUUGCCAAAAACCACGUUUUAAAAAUCUAAAAAUGUGAUUAUAUGUUACUUUUGAGUGUUUUCUGUAAAUAAAAUCUAAAAUACAAGGUUUAAAGAGAUAGUUUAAGACCUUGGUGUUAUAAAAGCAAUACGUACCAUAGAUAAAAGCCAAAGUGAAUUGUUGAUAAAUAAAAGUGAAGUGUCAAAAUGUCGUUGAUAAACAUGGGGGCAAAAUUGGAGAUUUUUAUAGAUGGAUAUUUUAAUAGGAUGAAUGGAUACACUACUAUAGAUGAGAAACUCGGAGAAACAGAGGUCACCAUGGGGUCAAUAAACAGCAACGGGGACUUCUGUCCGGGCGAUCCGCCGGACAAGAAGAUUACAGAGGCGGACGCCGAAAAACAACCACUUUCUGGCAAAAAGGAGGAGAAAUGGUGGACGACAAUGAUGCAGGUGGCAGUGCCGUUCUUCAUCGCGGGCUGCGGCACCAUCGGAGCUGGCAUCGUGCUCGGACAUGUCAGGAAUUGGGAAGUGUUUUUGAACGUCUCAGCCAUUUUCGUUUUGGUGCCAUCACUCUCUGGACUUAAAGGCAACCUGGACAUGUGUCUGGCGUCCCGUCUAUCCACGCAGGCGAACCUCGGCAAUAUGACGUCAACGAAGGAAAUUCUUUCCAUGGUCGUCGGAAACGUAUCGUUAGUGCAGGUCCAAGCAAUAGUAGCAGCGACGGUGGUCGCCAUCUUCGCCAUCGUUGUCAACAUUAUCACUGACAAGACCUUCAACGGAGACUAUGUACUUCUCCUGAUCUCAUCUGCAGUCUUCACAGCCACCACCACAUGUUUCAUCCUAGAUUUCGUGCUAGUGAUGGUGAUCAUCGGCUCCCAUCGUUUUAAGGUGAACCCAGACAACGUGGCCACGCCGCUAGCGGCAUCUAUCGGCGACAUCGUCAGCAACUCUGUCUUAGCUGUCACUGCGCAGUACAUGUAUGAACAGAUACAAACCUCUCUAUGGCAACCCAUCGUCAUCAUCUGCGUAUACUGCAGCUUACUACCAGUCUGGGUGUUCAUCGUGUACCGUAACAAACACACGAAGUCUGUUCUCACAACUGGCUGGACUCCUGUCAUCUCUGCGCUCUUCAUCAGUGGCGUCGGCGGUAUCGUCCUGGACCAAGCCGUGGACCGGUUCACUGGCUACGAGGUCUUCCAGCCCAUCGUCAACGGCAUCGGUGGAAACCUGGUCUGCGUGCAGUCUUCAAGGCUGGCGACACAUCUUCACCAGACGGCCAUCCCUGGAGUGCUGCCGGAGGGCUCCAGGCUGCUGGAGUGGCCUUGGAAGACGCUGUUUGUUGGAACUGCUGCAGCAAAGGUGGCCCGCAUGCUGCUGGUCCUUGCCGUGUUCGGUCAGAUCAUCUUCAUGAUCGUCGCAGACUGGCUGUAUAUGGGCUACGUGUCCAUUGGCUUCGCUUUUGGUAUCACGUAUAUCAUGUGUUCCUUAUUGCAAGUAAUGGUGCUUCUCUACAUGGCCUACGUGCUAAUCCACCUCAUGUGGAAACGGAAGAAGGAUCCCGACAACGCUGCCAUCCCUUACCUGACGGCGUUGGGAGAUCUCCUAGGCUCUGUGUUCCUUGGAAUGGCCUUCGUGACCCUAGCGGCCAUUGGAAAAGACUAUGGAGUAGCUUAGUUUAGCUAAUAAGACUUCAUGGCUAUGAUUGUUAAUUUCCAGUGAAUGGAGUCCAUUUAAAAGAGCCUUCAGAUUACCAGCUCUUCGGAAAAUAUCAGCCUGUUAAUGAUUUUAAUUGACAUGCCGAUAUCGUCAGAGUACUGAUAAUCUGUUGACAUCUUAAGAACGAGCUUUUAGAAGCAACGGAGGUGUAGAUGCAUAUCGAAAUUGCCUAACUUGUAAACGAGUUCGAUGUGUCUGAUCAUUCUGACGAACCACUCGGUUAGACCAUUUAAUGUGGGCAAGUUUUAUAUGUAUCAGCAUUUUAUUCUGUUUUCGAUAGCUAAAGAAGAAUUCAAAAGAUUCACAAAUUUGUAUAUAACAAAACCCAUCGUGGAUAUUUCACUGUCCUUAGAUAAGAGAAUCUUUUUUAUUUUUAUUUUAAUCCAAAGACGCUGUUUUUUGUUUUCGUCUGCUGCGAUUCGGAUCGUCCAAUAUUUUCACUCUCCUCUUAUACAGGAGAGUAGGAAUGUGUGAUUUAUUUUUAGGAGUUUUUGGUAUGAUCACUGACUUUUAUUGUUAACCUAUUCAUGGGUUUUUACUUUGGAUAUUUUAUAGCGUAAGUAUUGACAUUCCAAUUAGUAUGAAACCUUAAAUAGCUCAAUAAUUAAAGCCAGUAAUCGUAAUUGUUGGAGUGUGAGAGCUUUUUACAAGUUUAAGUUUAUAAAUGAAUUGUUUUUAUUAUAUUAUAGUAUACCAAAGCUAUGCUUUAAGGUAUCUGUGCAAUUUUUAACACAUAACAUCAUUUUAGUGUCUAGUUUUUGUUUUAUUGUAAAUAUUCAGUAUUGAAAUUUAAUAAAAGAGAGUAAAUGCAGUAUUUGGCUUAAAAUUGUGAAAUUAUAAAGACAUGAAUAACCUAAGUAGUUUUAGCGGUGCCAAUGUUACUUACGUAGGUACUUCGAUGUAGUUAUAGGUUAGCUAGGUGUGAUAUUUUUAUAAAAUUUUCGGUGGAAAUACUAUAAUAAUAGAAAAGUAGUAUUAGAAAGCAUUUAAAAAUAUGAUUAUGCAUCAAAAUAGGGCAAACGUCAUCUUUUAUUUUUGAUGAAAGAGUAUUUUCAUAUAAUAUGAACCAACAAAAUAGGUAUGCUAUGUCAGCCAUGCGCGGAUCCAAGCGGAAGGGGGGGGGCAUGGGGGUCAUGACCCCCCCCCCCCCCUGGAGCCUAGGUUCUGGAUCCGCCCUUGGUAUCAGCCAAAUGUUUCCUUUCCUUUAUCUUUUUUUUCGUCAUAUUCGAUAAUUAUGUAAUUGAUAAUACCUAAUCGAUCUUAGGUGACUCGCAUGAAGGCCUUAAAUUAAGUAGUCGAUUAAAAAUGGAGACUUGCUCGUAGCUAUAUAUGUGAUAUUUUGCUGAUUUUCCUGUAAAUUAUGACAUUCUGUUUAUACAAAAUUGACAAUGUCUCAACAAUAAUGAUUAAGGAAAAAUUUCUAAUCGUUAUUCCAUUAUGAAAUAUAUAAUGUAUAUUAAUUUAAAACAUAUGAUUACUUAAAAACAAAUAAAUCAAGCGUCAAAAGUAUGAAAACAUGAAAUAUUAAGUUUUUUUUAUAGACCCGGCGUGAGCUUCUCAAUACACUUUUAUGAAAAAUAGACAGGUUUUUAAGUUAUAUUGCAUGUUUUUUUUUUAUAUAUUUUACGGGUGACAUGUAACUAAAAUGUAUUGAUUCAGACUAACACGAUUUGCACUCAUAAUUUUAGAACAAAACGGGACUUAAUCGCGUAAACACUUACAUUUACAUUAGGCCCGACGUUUCGAACAUCACAUUAUGUUCGUGGUCACGGGUAGACUCCUAUACCUCGGUCGGGCCUAAUAUAAAUGUAAGUGUUUACGCGAUUAAGUCCCGUUUUGUUCUAAAAUUAUGUAUAAAAUGUGUUGUAAAAUUUAAGCUAAAGACGGUGGUCAUUCACUUUUGACAAACACCGUAUUAAAUAAAAGGUCUAGAGUCACGUGCAAUAACAUGUUGCUUUUCAAAAUGCCGCAAAAAUCUGUGACACUAUUUUAGGACUACAAAUGUGAUUGUGACCGAUAUUUUCGCGGCCUUGAAAGUAAGUAUUUACUAAGUAGUGUAGUAAAUGAGUAUUACAUCACCUGUAGGUAU